CUAGCUGUCUUAUCCGGUCGAUGAAUAAUCAUGUUCACUCGCUACCUCUUCGUUUCGGUGACAUGUAUUCUCUAGAUGAAAUUCCGUGUUGUGUGUUUGAAUCGUGGAAUUUAUAAUAAUUGCUCUUGUUACAUGUUACCGUUAACGAGAUCUUAUAGAAAUGGUGAAUAUAGAUACGAUACAAAAGACUUAUCCGUUGCAUUGGCUCGUGUGGAAUAACAACUAUGUAGAACUCGAAGAGGAAUUAUCUUCGAAACUGCAUGAUAUCGAAAAGGUUGAUAACAGAGGAAGAACACCAUUGAUGCUAGCUGUAACUUUGGGUUAUACCGAUUGUGUUGAAGUGUUAUUGCAACAUGAUGCUAAUGUUAAUACAGAAAAUACUCAAGGAUGGACUGUGGUACAAGAAGCGGUUGGCACAGGAAAUCCUGAAUUGCUACAAAUGGUGCUAGCGCGUAGAGAUUAUCAAAGAUAUUGUAAUCGAGCAGCUGGUAUUCCAGAAUUGCUUCAUAAACUUAAACAAGCUCCUGACUUCUAUGUAGAAAUGAAAUGGGAGUUUACUAGUUGGGUUCCUCUUGCCUCUAAAAUGUGCCCUAGCGACACUUAUAAAGUAUAUAAACAGGGCAGUAACGUGAGAAUCGAUACCACUUUAUUGGGAUUUGAUCAUGCUAAUUGGCAACGCGGGAAUCGUAGUUACGUUUUUAAAGGACAAAAUGACGGAGCAACAAUGAUGGAAGUAGAUCAUGAAACAAGAAAAGUGUAUGUGGAGCAUAUGAAACUCAUUGAUGCUGAUAACAUACAACUAAUGGAACCAGCGGAAGAGGGUGUAUUAGCUCGGCUUACAAAUCCGAUAGUUACUACAUAUAUAGAUACUGAAAAGAUUAGUUUUGAACGCAAUAAAGCUGGUUUAUGGGGCUGGCGUUCUGAUAAAAGUGAAAUGGUAAAUGGACAUGAAUGCAAGGUUUUUAGUGCAAGUAACGUAGAAUUAAUAACAAAAACUCGAUUAGAACAUUUAUCCGAGCCCGAUAAAGCAAGGGCUCGUGCCCCUCGUACGCCUCUUCAGUCAUUUCUUAGUAUAGCGGAACAACAACAAGAGAACAGUAUUAGUGCAACUACUAGUGAAGAAUAUAGCAACGUUGGAAAUCCCUGUAAUAUCACAGCUGAAGAGUAUUUUGACCCAGAUCUUGAUUUAAAUGGAAGAGAUAUAGGUAGACCAAAAGAAGUUAAUACAAAAAUUCAGAAAUUUAAGGCAACUUUAUGGCUAAGUGAAGAAUAUCCAUUAAGUCUUCAAGAACAAAUUAUACCAAUUGUCGAUCUAAUGGCAAUAUCUAGUUCACAUUUUGCAAAAUUAAAAGAUUUUAUCCAAAUGCAAUUACCCGCUGGAUUUCCUGUUAAGAUUGAAAUUCCUCUGUUUCAUAUACUAAAUGCAAGGAUAACAUUUGGAAAUAUUUUUGGCAUGGAUCAAGAAGUAGCACACGUGGGGCAUUUACAAGAAACGAAUAGAAUGACUUGUUUAGUUGACGAUAUUUGUUUUGAAGCUCCGGUGGGAUAUGUAAAACUGGGUGCUGAAGUUCGGACUCAGUUUAGUAUGGAAGAAGAAGAUGAUCUGUUACAAUUUGCUAUUCAACAAAGUUUACUAGAAGUUGGAAGCGAACGUGACGAGGUUGACAUAUGGGAAGCUUUGAGAGCCCAAAAACCAUCUCGACCCACGACUCCUAACAUGACGACUGAAGAAGAAAGGCAACUACAAAGGUACGUGGAAAGAGCUAUCCAAGCAAGUCUAGCGCUAUACCAGGAGAAUACUGCUGGGUGUGCCAGCGGUCAAAGUAACUCUAAUAAAACGAAUGACAUAGAAGAUGCUGAUUCUCUCGAAGACACAGCAGAACAAUUAAGAUUGGCAUUAAGACUUUCUGAGCAACAACAAUUAGAAGAAGAGCAGCGUCGAUUGUUAGAAGAAGAAACGUUUCGGCAAGUGUUGGAAUUAUCUCUAACAGAUAAAUGAACUUGAUAACGUGCAAUAGCCACUUAAACAUUUCAUUAAAGUAUACUUCCACAUCUACGUUAAUCUUCCGACAACGUGAUGCUGUCGAGCAUGAAAUCAUUUCCUACGAUUCGUACAUCAAAAAGCAAUAUACAUAUAUAUAUAUAUGUGUGUAUAUAUAGCUACGAAGUCAGAUGAAAGUGCUGGAAAUAAUUGUAGCACUAACUAUGAAAGUAAAUGAUUUAACUUAUGUUAUUUAUUUCUUAGCUACGUUUUAUAUGAAAGAAAGUUGUAAUGGUAUGGUGGAACAUGGUAAUGUAAUGGUUAGAAGUCUUGAAAAUUACAAUUGCUCUGAUUAAUAAUCAGAAUAUUUUUGAGUCUCAAAUCCAAUUCAAAAUCAAAUGACAUUAGUUAAAUGGGAGGGGGGGGGGGGGGCAUCGUUGAAAGUACGUACUGUAAGUUACGACUGUCAAUAUCUCAAAUAAAAAGCUUGUAAUUCUCAAGCCUUCAAUAAUUAUUGGUUUUGUCCUUUCUCCUAGUAUUAAAUUUUCAUCUGGAAGAGAUUUCUAGCUAUAGAAAUUUGGAUAUAUAUAUAUAUAUAUAUAUAUAUCAGAUUAAUAUUUUAAUUAAUUCUAUGUAACAAUCUACUAAAAACUGCCUUUUUUAAUGUUCGGGCAAUUAAAAACUAUUCCAAGUUCCUUUUUAUACCCGUGAUAAAAUAAUUGUAAGUAGCGUUUCGAUUUAUUAAGGGUAGUAGUGAUGUAAUAAAAGUAUGUUAUUUAUUCUUUAAAGUUUAUUCGUUAUAUAGGCAAGUAAUUUCGUUGAAGAUAUUUAAUACAAAUUAUGUGUAUGAAAUAAAAAAAGAAAAGCAGCGAUCAACCUGUUGUUAAUGCACGAAUUUAUCGAAAAUCAAACAUACUUAUAGUACAUAUCAUUGCUCUGAAAAACUUUCAAUUCCAAAGAUAAAUUAUUGCUUCUCACAGAAUUUUUGUUAGAACUUGAAAUGAUUGUUCUGAACAAUAUAUUAAUUAUAUUGUAAUAAAAAGGUAUAUUUCUACGAUAAUACAACAGGUAUAAUUAUACGUAUAAAAUAAAAUAUGUUUAGAAAAAGUAUGGAAAGAAAAAGUAUUUAUAUGAUAAUUGACAGUAGCUAUUACUGCCAUGAAUAGGCUACUCAAAUUCUGAUUGUGCCCUAAAACAAAAAUACUGUUUUGUAAUAAAAUUAUGUUUCACAGUA